AUGUGCAAGGAGACCACCUCCCCUCCCCUUCCUGCCUCGACCCCAUCAGAGCCCCACUUCCCCUCCCCUUCCUGCCUCAACCCCAUCAGAGCCCCACUUCCCCUCCCCUUCCUGCCUCAACCCCAUCAGAGCACCACUUCCCCUCCCCUUCCUGCCUCAACCCCAUCAGAGCCCCACUUCCCCUCCCCUUCCUGCCUCAACCCCAUCAGAGACCACCACCCCUCCCCUUCCUGCCUCAACCAUAUCAGAGCCCCAGCUCCCUUCCUCUCCCUGCCUCAACCCAUCACAGCCACAGCUCCCUUCCUCUCCAUGCCUCAACCCCAUCACAGCCCCAGCUCCCUUCUUCUCCAUGCCUCAACCCCAUCACAGCCCCAGCUCCCUUCUUCUCCCCGCCUCAACCCCAUCACGGCCCCAGCUCCCUUCCUCUCCCUGCCUAAACCCCAUCACGGCCCCAGCUCCCUUCCUCUCCCUGCCUCAACCCCAUUACGGCCCCAGCUCCCUUCCUCUCCUCUCCCUGCCUCAACCCCAUCACUGCCCCAGCUCCCUUCCUCUCGCUGCCUCAACCCCAUCACAGCCCCAGCUCCCUUCCUCUCUCUGCCUCAACCUCAUCACAGCCCCAGCUCCCUUCCUCUCCCUUCCUCAACCCCAUCAGAGCCCCACUUCCCCUCCCCUUCCUGCCUCAACCCCAUCAGAGACCACCACCCCUCCCCUUCCUGCCUCAACCAUAUCAGAGCCCCAGCUCCCUUCCUCUCCCUGCCUCAACCCAUCACAGCCACAGCUCCCUUCCUCUCCAUGCCUCAACCCCAUCACAGCCCCAGCUCCCUUCUUCUCCAUGCCUCAACCCCAUCACAGCCCCAGCUCCCUUCUUCUCCCCGCCUCAACCCCAUCACGGCCCCAGAUCCCUUCCUCUCCCUGCCUAAACCCCAUCACGAGCCCCACUUCCCCUCCCCUUCCUGCCUCAACCCCAUCAGAGCCCCACUUCCCCUCCCCUUCCUGCCUCAACCCCAUCAGAGCACCACUUCCCCUCCCCUUCCUGCCUCAACCCCAUCAGAGCCCCACUUCCCCUCCCCUUCCUGCCUCAACCCCAUCAGAGACCACCACCCCUCCCCUACCUGCCUCAACCAUAUCAGAGCCCCAGCUCCCUUCCUCUCCCUGCCUCAACCCAUCACAGCCACAGCUCCCUUCCUCUCCAUGCCUCAACCCCAUCACAGCCCCAGCUCCCUUCUUCUCCAUGCCUCAACCCCAUCACAGCCCCAGCUCCCUUCUUCUCCCCGCCUCAACCCCAUCACGGCCCCAGCUCCCUUCCUCUCCCUGCCUAAACCCCAUCACGGCCCCAGCUCCCUUCCUCUCCCUGCCUCAACCCCAUUACGGCCCCAGCUCCCUUCCUCUCCUCUCCCUGCCUCAACCCCAUCACUGCCCCAGCUCCCUUCCUCUCGCUGCCUCAACCCCAUCACAGCCCCAGCUCCCUUCCUCUCUCUGCCUCAACCUCAUCACAGCCCCAGCUCCCUUCCUCUCCCUUCCUCAACCCCAUCAGAGCCCCACUUCCCCUCCCCUUCCUGCCUCAACCCCAUCAGAGACCACCACCCCUCCCCUUCCUGCCUCAACCAUAUCAGAGCCCCAGCUCCCUUCCUCUCCCUGCCUCAACCCAUCACAGCCACAGCUCCCUUCCUCUCCAUGCCUCAACCCCAUCACAGCCCCAGCUCCCUUCUUCUCCAUGCCUCAACCCCAUCACAGCCCCAGCUCCCUUCUUCUCCCCGCCUCAACCCCAUCACGGCCCCUGAUCCCUUCCUCUCCCUGCCUAAACCCCAUCACGGCCUCAUUGAGUCUCCCCCUGGUGUCUUGUCUUCCCCCCUCCCCUUCGCCUUGUCGGGGAGGGGGCGGUCGUCAGUGCGAUGUGCGUCUCCCUUCUCGUUGAAGGGACAAAACCACCUGGUGACUCGAUCGUUCGUGUCCUUUCCGCUGGCCAUCGAGACCAGGGGAGCAUGGUCUGUGACCAGGGUGAAGUGGGUGCCCAACGGGUAA